GCGUAUUGAAUUACUCGUAACGGUGGUGAGUGGUGACAACGGAUUCGGAGUGUGUCCAUUGUUCAUACAUGGUAAGGAAGGGGUAUUAAUGUUAUUUCACUAGCCUCCUUCAGUGCAGUCACCAGCUUCCGAAGGAAAGUGAAAAACAAAACCAACCAUAGAUGUAUAUAAAUGUGCAUGGAAUAUCAGACAUCAUAGUUUCCAUUGCUCGGUUUCGCGUUUCAUAUUCUUCGCCCCUUAUUCUGCAGUGCGUGAAGAAUAUCUUCAUUUCUUUCAUGCGCUCAGACUCUUAAUCCACACGCACAUUUUCUGUGCACGAGAUCUGGCCCCAAUUUCCCUUUUAAUCCUGCAAAGAUGGAAUCUUGUGCGCAAUUCGGGUUGUGGGUGGUCUUGAUCUUGUGCUUGGCGUUUCAAAUUCAACCCAAUUAUGGGUUCUACCUUCCGGGCAGUUACCCCCACAACUAUGAUGUCACGGAUGAGUUGUGGGUGAAGGUGAAUUCCCUCACUUCCAUUGACACAGAAAUGCCCUUUAGCUAUUACAGCCUGCCCUUUUGCAAGCCCGAGGGUGGCAUCAAGGACAGUGCCGAGAACCUUGGGGAGCUUCUCAUGGGAGAUAGGAUAGAGAACUCUCCUUAUAGGUUUAGGAUGUACACCAAUGAGUCUGAGAUUUACUUGUGCCAGAUCCAGGCGCUGUCCGGGGACCAGUUCAAGAUCUUGAAGGAGAGGAUUGAUGAGAUGUAUCAGGUUAAUUUGAUUCUUGAUAAUUUGCCUGCUAUUAGGUUCACACAGAAAGAUGGGUACUUUAUGAGAUGGACCGGGUACCCUGUUGGUAUUAAGAUUGAGGAUGCUUAUUAUGUGUUUAACCAUCUCAAGUUCAAUGUUCUUGUCCACAAGUACGAGGAGACCAAUGUGGCUCGCGUAAUGGGGACUGUAGAGGGUGCAGAAGUGAUCCCGGUUGGCAAGGAGGGGUCUUCUGAGAAGCCUGGAUACAUGGUUGUUGGGUUUGAGGUGAUUCCUUGUAGUAUUAUGCAUAAUGCUGAUUCUGCAAAAAACUUGAAGAUGUAUGACAAGUAUCCGUCAUCUAUCCGAUGUGAUCCGGCCACUGUGGCAAUGCCUAUCAAGGAGGGCCAGCCUGUUGUUUUCACUUAUGAGAUCACCUUUGAGGAGAGUGACAUCAAGUGGCCGUCUAGAUGGGAUGCUUACUUAAAGAUGGAGGGAGCUAAAGUGCAUUGGUUCUCUAUCCUUAAUUCGCUCAUGGUGAUCACUUUUCUUGCUGGUAUUGUUCUUGUGAUCUUCCUGAGGACAGUUAGAAGGGAUCUGACCCGUUAUGAGGAGCUCGAUAAGGAGGCUCAAGCACAGAUGAAUGAAGAGUUAUCUGGUUGGAAGCUUGUAGUGGGAGAUGUUUUCCGCACUCCGACAAAUCCUGCCUUGUUGUGUGUGAUGGUUGGGGAUGGAGUUCAGAUUCUUGGGAUGUCUGUUGUGACGAUAUUGUUUGCUGCACUUGGAUUCAUGUCACCGGCAUCUCGGGGAACACUGAUCACAGGUAUGCUGUUUUUCUAUAUGAUACUUGGUAUUGCUGCUGGUUAUGUCUCAGUUCGGAUGUGGAGGACAAUCAGCUUUGGCGAACAGAAGGGUUGGGUGUCAAUUGCAUGGAAAGCUGCGUGUUUCUUCCCAGGCAUUUCCUUUUUGAUCCUCACAACCUUGAACUUCCUAUUGUGGGGAAGCCACAGCACUGGAGCCAUUCCAUUUUCACUCUUUGUAAUACUAAUCUUGCUUUGGUUCUGCAUAUCUGUACCCCUUACCAUUGUUGGUGGCUACUUUGGAGCCAAGGCACCCCACAUUGAGUAUCCAGUCCGAACCAACCAAAUUCCUCGCGAAAUUCCCCAGCAGAAGUACCCAUCAUGGCUGUUAGUUCUUGGUGCUGGCACCCUUCCAUUUGGCACCUUGUUCAUUGAGCUCUUCUUUAUCAUGUCCAGCAUUUGGAUGGGUCGCGUUUACUACGUCUUUGGGUUUCUCUUCGUUGUUUUGAUCCUUCUUGUGGUGGUUUGUGCCGAGGUAUCUCUAGUUCUGACUUACAUGCACCUGUGUGUGGAGGAUUGGAAAUGGUGGUGGAAAUCGUUCUUUGCCUCCGGUUCUGUCGCCAUAUACAUCUUUUUGUACUCUGUUAACUAUCUUGUGUUUGACCUCAAGAGUUUGAGCGGUCCUGUGUCUGCAACUCUUUACUUAGGCUACUCACUCUUCAUGGUUCUAGCAAUCAUGCUUUCUACAGGUACAAUUGGGUUCCUCUCUUCAUUCUGGUUCGUGCAUUACUUGUUCUCUUCUGUCAAGUUGGAUUGAAGACUUGAUGCGCCCACAAAUUACCGCUACUGAGAACAGAUUUUAUCAAGAGGACCCUUUGAAAUGUUCCAUUUUAUGUUACUGUAUUUCAGUUCAUUUUGUUAGGGAGCUUAGUAAAUUUAGUGCAGCUAUUUUAUUCUGUUUUGCUUAACUCAUUGCUAGAUAUAAAAAAAUUCAUUGCAUGAUGUAGUUAGUAAUUGAUAAAUUCCUUGGCAUUCUGAAGCAUGUAAUGUUAUUGUUGGUAGUUGGUGUUUGGAAAUGUAAUUCAGAUCUUUAUGGCCUUGCCUGCAAUUAAUAUUCCAAUUUCAAUAAAAAUAUGACCGCAAGUAACAAGUUGCGCUUAACAC